GUUGUCUGUUGACAAACGUCACCCAGGAAUAUCUCUGCAAUUUCAUCACUAAGUGGAAUAAAAAUGCAUUUUCCCGGGAUCUCCUCAACGUUGUGAUGUUUUAUGUGGAUUCUUCAUGAAGUUGUGAAUCCGAUCUAAAUUGAAACCAUGCUGAAAUGGUUUUCCGGUGAAGAGGGAGAGCCUGGCUCUGCAGGUCCAGGCUCUCCCAGAGGAGCUCCUGCUGUAGGAGAAGGAGGGGGGAGUGUAGAGGUUCCUGUAGAAGAAAUGGCGGAGCGUCUCUCCCAAACAGAGCUGCUGGUCACUCAGCUGAAGGAGAUGAUCCGAGAGAAAGAUGCUUCACUCCGCUCCAAAGACGACCAACUAAAGGUGGAGAAGGAGGCCUGUGAUUCCAAAAUGUCGAAGCUGCGUCUGCAGAACAAAGCGAAGGUGACGUCUCUAAACGCUCAGCUGGAGGAGCUGAAGAAACAACAAGGAGGCCAGGGCACGCCAACACACGGCAAAAAGGGCUCGUCAGAAGGAGAGCAGGCGAGUCGGGGGAAGAUCGUCCUGCUGAAGAAGAAAGUGGAGGAACUGGAACAUCAGCUUGCACAAAGACAGGAGGAACUGGAGAAAAGGAGGAAGGAGGUGGAGUUUCAGCGGCAGCGAGGCGAGGAAAUUGACAUCAUGCUGACGGAGAAGGACAGGAAGCUGGCAGAAAAAGAGGCGUACAUCGUUCACCUGCAGACUGCACUGGCAGGAGAUCAGCCAAUCACACCUGCACCACAGCAACAGGUGUCGGAGGAGGGCGGGGCAAUGCAGGAGCUGCAGCUGCUGGUGCAGAGCCUCACCAGGAAGGUGGGGGAGGCGGAGGAGCGCUACAGUUUGCUGCAGGAGCAGACAGACAGCUUGAGAGAGCUGCUGGACUCAGAGAAGGAGCAGUACACUCAGAAGGAGAACAUGUUCAAACAGAACAUCCAGACCUUCAAAGACAUCAUCCUUCAGAAAGAUAACCAGCUGACGGAGAUCAACCAGAUGCAUGAGCAGGAGCUCUUCAAGCUGGCAGCAAAAUCUGAUGCCAGCGCAGACUUAGAGCAGCUUUUAAAGGCUCUAAAGCGGAAGCUCCAUGAGAAGGAGGAGGUGCUGCUGGGAAAAACGCAGGUGAUCGAUGUCCUCCAGCAGGAGGUGGACGGCAGGGACCAACAGAUAAAGGAGCUCACGGAGCGUCUCCGUCGACUGCACGUGGAACGAGAGAGUCUGGAGUCCAAGAUGGAGGCGGAGAAGCACGUGAUGCGAGCGCAGCUGCGAGACCUGAUGGAGAAGCAGCAGGCGGAGGUGCAGCGAGUGACAGAGCAGCUCCGAGAGCAGAUGGAGCAGACGCAGCAGGAGCUCCAGGAGCAGCUGCAGGAGAUGAGGAGGAAUGCUUCACCUCCUACAAACAGAGAGGAGGGAGCAGGAAGUGAUUCAGCUUCCAAUCAAAGGAUAGCGGAGCUGGAAGGUCAAGCAAAGAAGAAGACGGACGAAGCGAGCAGAUCUGAAGCCAAGUUCCUGAAAAUGAAAGCCUGGUCGAAAAGUCGCAUCAGACAGUUAGAGGAGGAGCUGAAGAAAAGCCAGGCGGGAGGUGCCCCCCCAGACCUGAACGCCCUGCGGAGUCGGAUCACAGCGCUGGAGGAGGAGAGGGAGGAGAACCUCUGGAAGGUGGAGCAAUACGAGGAGCUCAAAGCAAAGAACGAAAUGCUGGAGGCUAAGCUGGAGGUGUACGAGGAGCAGCAGAGGACUCUACAGGCCGACCUGGAGCAGUUCACCAAGAGGACGGCCUCUCAGGCGAGUGAGUCGGGCAGUGCGGAGGACACUCAGAGCCAGGUUCUGGAGUGGCAGGAGAUGGUUUCUGAGGCCGUAAGUGCCAGGGACCGGGCCAAAGAGGAGAAGGCCGCCAUGGUGCUUCGCAUCAGCCAUAUGGAGGAGGAGAGGGAGGCACUGGCCACCCGGCAGCAGGAGUUGGAGGAGGAGCUGACUCAAGCUCGGGGGCUCGGCCAACACAGGGUCAAGAAGCUCUCGGCCCCUGCCCAACGGAGCCUGCAGGAGGACUUUGAGUUUGACGGGCAGACCCCCUAUCAGGACCCUCGGAGCCCCUCUGAGAGCACCACCCCGAUGGAGGGGGAGAAUAUGGGAGGUUGGUGGCCCGAGUACAGUUCUCCUGACACAGAUGGACUGCGCUCUGUUGUGGAGGAGCUGGAGCUGGAGAGGAACCAGCUGCAGGAGCAGAUCCUGAGUCUGGAGGAGCGCUGUCAACAUCUGGAGGACCGGCUGCAGCUGCAGGCUCGCAUCGAGACACUACAGAACGAGUCGGAGAGACUGCAGAGCCAGCUGUCCAGCGUCCGGAGUCAGCAGAGCCGAGACGCUGAGAAACAUCAGCUGCUGGUGAGCAGCCUCAACGAGCAGCUCAAAGGACUGAGUAACACACAGGAGUGUCUGGAAAGCUCCCUCAUCGAGAAGGAGAACACGUUGGCCAAAACGUCUGAGAAACUGGAGCUCAUCAACGGCCUCCAAGAAUCUCUGAGUGAAAAAGAAACUCAGUACAAAGACGUUUCUGAAAAACUCCUCCAGACUGAGCUCACUCUAGAGAAUGUUUCUCAGAAGUGCAGUGUCUCAGAGAAGCAGUGCUCGGAGCUGAAGUCAGAAGUUGUUGACGUUACGCAGAAGCUGAGCCUGCUGAAGGAGAAGGCCCAAAAGCAGGAAGUCACCAUCGAAACUCUACAAACUGAGCUCGAUCAGACCAACGAGGAGCUAGACAAAUUAAAUUCGGUCCACUUAGAAGAACGAGCCCAACUCAUUCAUGACCUUCAGAGCUGCGAGCGGGAAAUCGACAGACUUAAAGAUGUGCUGUUGGAAAAGGACGAGGAGAUAUCAACGCUCUCCGGUAACAUGGCAGAGUAUGCAGAGCAGGUCACGGUGCUGAAGCAGGACAUCAAACUCAAAGAGGAGAACCUGGUGCGGGUGGAAAACGCUCUGAGUAAAGUAGAGCGGGAGGCCAUGAUUCUCAGAGAGUCGCAGACUUCAGACCAGAAAGCUCUGGAUGGGAAGAUCACAGAGUUAGGGGAGAAACUCAAAGACACAGAGAUGGAGUUGCUCAACACUAAGAAGGAAAGCGAGUGUAAGGUGUCUGAGGUGGAACAUCUGAUAAAGCAGACUGAAGACGACAAGCAAACCAUUCAGGACCUUCGAGGGGAGAUGCAGAAACAGAUCAUGAGCCAGCGCAAUCAUCUAACUGAAUGUGAAACACAUAUCGCUUCCCUUAAGGAGCAGCUGACUUUAUCCACACAAAAGCAGCAGGAAUCAGAAGCACUCCUCCUGCAGCUCAAGGAGAAAAACACCAGCAGUGAGCAGAUUCAGCAGCAGCUUAAUGAAAAAGAGCAAAAUUAUGAGAAAGAAUUGAAAUCAUCCAAGGAGGAACAGAACAAACUCCUGGCUCAAGUGGAAAAAUACAAUCAUGAAAUGCAGACUUUGUCCAAACAGUUAGAGGAGCAGGUACAGAGUGAGGAGCACAUCAAGAAGGAGAUACUGGAGAAACUGGAAACCAUAGCAUCCCUGGAAAACAAACUGAAGACCACAGAUAAACAGGCGGAGGAGGAGAGGCAGAAAUUCAACACUGAACUGCAAAACAGGGACUCAGAAAAAGAGAAGCUGAGCAAGGAACUCGAAAGCAAAUCUGAAAAUAUCUCCAAACUCAAAGGUCUAUUAAAAAGCAUGAAGACGGAGAAAAAGCUGUUGCAAGAUAAACUCAAAGGGCUAACAGACGAGCUGGAGCUACAGAAGCAGAAUGUAAAUGAACUUAAUGGAAAGAUCACAUCUGCCCUUGAACUCAACAGCAGUCUUCAGAAUCAGGUAGAUUUCCUAACGAAGGAGAAAGAGAGACUUGAAAAGGAAGUAACGGAAAGCUUAAAAAGUAUUUCCGAAGCCUCACUUGAAAAAGAUUCCUUGCAAGCCAAAAUAUCCACAUUGGAAACACAGCAUUCACAAAGCAACGCAAUAAUUGAAGAGCUACAAAGAGCUAAAGAGGAUUUGACUCAUCGCACAAAUGAGUUAAAUAAAGUUCUUGAGCAAAGCACGCACUCAACCUCAGAGGUCCUCCUGGCGAAGACUAUUGAAUGUAGUAAUCUCAGCCAGUUACUCAGGGAGAGGGACGAAAAGGUGACACACCUGCAGGAAGAAGUACAAAGCUUAUCUUCUAAGGUAGAGCAGCUUCAGCAUGACUUGGCAGAAAAAGAACAGGUUGUUUUAGAUCAUCGCAUGCAGAUAGAAACCCAACAAAAUCAGCAAACACAACUUCAGGAAACUGUUUCUCUGCUGCGAGAACAGGAGAGAGGUCUGAAGUCUGGGUUAAUGGAGAAGGAUACGAUAUUAAAAGAGAAACAGGAAGGGUACGACAGUUUGCAGAGUGAAGUCACGCAGCAGAAAGAUAUUGUUUCUAAGCUACAAGCUGAAGCUGAAUCACUGAAUGUGGAACACUUAAAGCUUUGCCAGCAGAUUGAAGAGGAGGAAAAGUUGAAAAAAGUGACGCAGCAGUCUCAAAAACAAAAAGACAAAAUCAAUGAUGCUAACAAAUCUGUUAAAUCGCUGAGGGAACAAAUCUGUGUCCUGGAAGAAAAAGCCAGAAAGCUUGUAGCUGAAGCUGAGAGCAGGCAGAUAGAGAUAGCUAGCUUAAACAGCAACAUCCAGGCGAUUACUGACGAAAAUCUACAACUCCGUGCUGCGUGUGAAACCACAGAGAAGCAGCUUUCUCAGCAAACACAGCUUCGAUCUGAACUUGAUGGGCGCCUUAAAGCGACUGUGGAACAGAACUCCAGUUUUAGCGUACAGAUUAGCAGCCUAACAGCAAACAAUCAGAGACUACAAGAGGAGUUAGAGCAGAACAUCAAAUCUGUCUCUGAACUAACCACUGAGAGGAAGUCACUCAAAGAACAAAACUCUGGGCUUCAAAUUCAAAUCUCAGAGAAGCAGAAGACAAUUAAUGAGGAUUUGGAGGAAAAGGAGAGGCUCACUAUUGCAGGAGAUGAAUUAAAAAAGAUCCUCCGGGAAAGCGAAGAGUCGACCUCUGCAGGUCUGCUGGAGAAAACGAGUGAAUGUGCCAAUCUGUCGCAGACUUUAAAGCAGAGAGAAGGACAACUUCAAAGUCUAGAAGAGCAACUCGAUCCAUUAAGGAAGCAAGUCAUUCAGCAGAGUUCACAGUUGGACGCUCAGCAGGACCAACUGCUGCAACUUCAGGAUAUGAUAUCAAUGCUUCAGGAACAAGGAACUGUCCUCAAGUCAGGGCUGAUGGAGAAAGACAAGAUGUUGCAGCAGAAAGCAGAGGAGAGUAGUGUUUAUCAGAGUGAGGUCUUGCAACAGAAAGCCUUAAUAUCACAGAUGCAGGGUGAGUUAGAGUCACUCAGGCAAGAGUGCUUGGAGGCAAAACAGCAGAUAGAGCAACAAGAAAAGACUUUACACAACCAGAAAGACGAGCUGGACAAACGGAACGAGUCGGUCAUCUCGCUCAGCGGUCAGCUCGGUGCCAUGAAUCAGACCGCUGCAGAAGAAGAGGUUGAAAUUACAAACCUAAAGAGUGCUGUAGAGAAACUCAGUGCAGAAAACUUUCAGAAAGAGGAGCAGAGGAAAGCAGAGAUCAUAGACUAUAACGAUAACAUUCAAGCACUGAAUGAGCAGAAUACAAGAUUGAAAUCUGAGCUUCAGAGAACGGUGGCAGAGUUGUCCAAAGCACAGGACGAGGUGACACACUUCAAAACAGCAGUCUGUGAUGUAGACAACAAAUUUAAAACUGUAGACUCGGAAAAAGAGAGGCUUAAUUUGGCCAUGCAAGAAAAAGAUGAUUCGAUCCAAAAACUCAACAGUAAGAUUACAGAGCAGGAGGAGCAGCUGAAACGGAAAGUAGACAACAAUGUCAGUUUAGAAGCAAAAGUUUCAGAGCUUGAAGAAACUGUGUUUAGACUCAGAGGCGAAGUUGAUGGUCUUUCUUCAGAGUCUUCUCUCCUGAAAACUACUUUGGGGAAAAAAGAACAAUCAAGUCUUGAAUAUCAAAGUAGUUCUUCAGCUGCUGUUGAAAACCUCAACUCAAAUUUACAAGCCAAACAGUUGGAGUGUGAGAGCUUGAAAGAAAAGACUUCCCACCUUGAGGAAUCGAUCACAAAGCUCAACAGCACCCUCCAAGUUCAGAUGUCUGAAUCAGAAAAUCUGAGAAAGGCCUUGGGAGAAAAAGAGGCCGCUCUUCAGGAAAUCCAGAGAAGAUCCGACGAGGCUUUGCUCUUCAAAUCUCAGUUCAUGGAAAGCACAGAGUUGGUGUCACAGCAACAGAAUCAAAUCCAGCGCCUGUCUACCGAGUCUGCAAACCUCAGAGAAUCAGCAGAAGAAACACAAAGUGCCUUCAACAACCUACAAGAGAAGUAUGCAGCUAACUUAGAGGAGCUGCAGGAUGUGAGACAGCAAGUGUCUCAAAGUACCGAUGAGGUGUCCAACCUUCGGAGGUUAUUGGACGACACCAGUAACAAAUAUCAGACUGCAAAUACGAUGGUAGAAGCUCUGAGAAAUGAUUUAUCUGAGACACAUCACAAACUCCAGAAAACAGAAGACCUGAACUCCAUUCUGUCAAAGGAAAAGGCGGAGGCUUUUGCUUCUCAUCAAGCAAGCGUUUCACUGCUGACCGUCGAAAUAGAAAGACUCAAAUCACAACAUCUUCAAGUCGUAGCACAAAUGAAUGCACUGACAGAGAACGUUGAGCAGAGGGAAAUGGCUCUCCAUGCAAUUAACAGUCAGUACACAUCGCAGGCCAAACAAGCAUCCCAGCUGGUGUCAGAAAUGCAGAAACUAGAACAGCAGAAUAAGAGACUAAAUGAGGAGAUUAGUUUGUCAAAGGACGAGCACCAAAAGGAGGUUAGGAAACAUCUAGCAGAGAAGGAGGAGCUGGAGAGGAGACAUCAUCAAAUGUUGGCCUCGCAGGUUCAAAUGGAGCAGCAGUCCAGCGGCACAAUGGAGAAAAUGACGUCCGAGAAGGAGAGCCUUCAAGCAAAGGUUAGUGCCAAAGAGGAGGAAGUUUCUCGAUUAAAAGAAAACAUUCACAAGGUAGAGCAAAUUCUUCAGGAUUCUGAGCAAGAGUGGCUCUUAGUUCUGGAUAGAGAGAAACAGGAUAGGGACAUACUUGCAGAACAAUUGCAAAGUGUUGAAAAUGAAAUGAAGUCUAAAGAUGGUAAAGUUAACGCUCUGAAAGGAGACCUGGACAGUUUGCAGGCGAAACUAGCAGAGGCUUCAUCUGCGAUUAGGCAAGGGUCGGAUCAACUCAGCGCGAAAGAGCUGGAGGCAGCCGCAUCCAGGAUCCAACUGGAGAAGGUUUUAGCUUCGGUCAAGGAAAAGGAUAAUGUCAACAAUAUUUUACAGCAGGCUCUAAAAGCAGCAGAACAUGAGUUACAAAAACUUGUAGUGAUCAAUGGUACUCACACAGAGUUAGCUAAAGGGUCAGCAGAUUUAAGAACAGAAAAAGCCUCUUUACAGGACAUGAUUACACAAUUACAAGAAAGUCACCAAUCUGAGGUAGCUGCUCUUAAACAGGAGUUGGAUAAAACCGUUGCACAUUUACAAAAAACCCAGAACACACUCGAUAAAGGAGAGAGGAGUAAUGAUGAAAAGGGUCAACAGAUUUCACUUUUGCAAGAGAUGGUAGAGCAUCUACAGACACGGCUCAAUGCUGAAUCAGAGAAAGUGAAAGAAGCCUCUGUCAAACAUUUGUCUCAACAAAGUGAAUCACAAGCUAAAGAUGAGCAGAUCAGCUGUAUGAGCAUUCAGAUAAGUCAGCAGAAGGAGCUACUUGCUGGACUCAGUCAGCAGUUGAGGGAUAAAGAUGCAUCCAUCACCCAACUCAUAGAAUCUUCCUCAAAUGAGAGUAUGAAACUCUGUGAGGAAAAAUCAUCUCUCACGGCACAAUUGGAAAGCCUGGAGCAGGAACACAACACCUCCAUGAAAAGGCUAGAAGAAAUUUCCCAGCAGUUAAAGGAACAGAUGUCAAGCUCUCACAGUGAAAUACAGACCAUGAGCUCAGAGAAGAUCGAGCUGACUAAGAGAAACGACGAUCUAAAGAGCGAACUAGCCAAGGUAUCUAAGGAGAAAGAUGCAAUGAAGAAGAAGCUCCAAGCUGCUCUGCUUGUACGAAAGGACCUUUUGAAGAAGAUUGAGCAAUAUGAAAGCCAGAAAGAAGAGAGUGCAAACAAUAAAACUGAGGUUUCACUUUUACAGGAUAAAUUACAGGAAGUAAAUAAUCAAGUUCAGGAAUAUUCUAAAAUGUAUGAAGAAAAUCUGUCUGUUCUUGAAAAGAGACUUCUUGAGAAAGAAGGGGAGAUUCUUGAACACAAAGUGGAAAGUGAUAGACUUGUGGAACAAUUGCAGUCAGGAAAACAAGUCUUGCAAGACACAGUCAACGAGAAAGAAGUUUGUUUAUCAGAAACCUUGCAAACACUGAAUGAGAAAGGCUCUCUUCUGGAGCAGCUGCAGUCCACUGCUGCUGAGAGAGAGGAGGCAUACGAGGAAGAGAAGAAGAGCUGGGUGCAAAAAGUAGAUGAACUUCAAAGUGAAAUAAAGACAUAUCAAGAUGAGUUAAAGGACAGAUCGUCCUCCACAUCUACUGCUGUGGAUUUAGAGAAUGAGCUUGCACAGAUAAAGCUCGAAAAGGCAAAGCUACAGAAAAAGGCACAGGCUGCCUUGCUGGCACGAAAAGAGACCCUGAAGAAAGCUCAGGAGAGUGAAAGUAAGUUAACUCAAGAGCUAGCCGAACUGAAAGACGACUACAAGACUCUCCUGGAGCAACGAUGUCAGCACACCAAUGAGUUAAACGUUGUCCAGUUAGACCUUAACGAGAAGGUCAGGGAACUGGAGGAGCCUCCACAGCUUGUCGAGGAGAGGGAUCAAACUCUACAAGAUCUGAAGAUGACUCUGGCUGAGAAAGAGAGCCAGUGCCAUUCUCUAUUGAACCUGCUAGAAAAUGUUAAAUCCAAAUGUGAGAGUAUGUCUCUUGAGAUGGCAAGAAAAGAAGAGGCCCUAGUGGAAAUUGACCAAGAUGCAGGUGCUUUGAAAUCACAGCUUCUCAAGGUAGAAAUUGACUUGGAGAAAGCUCAGGCAGAAGUAAAAGAGAAAACAGAAGACGUAGAGAAAUAUCAGGUUUCAAUUAGAGUUGCUGAGCUGCAGACCCAACAGGAGAAGCAAGCUUUACUGAAUGAGAGCAAAUCUUUGGAGACCCGUCUAAGCAUUGCUGAGUCUGCACUGGAGGAAUGCGUGCAGAAAAAUGAAGAAAAAAAUCAACUUUUGAUCGAGGAGAACACGACUCUUUUGGAGAAAAGUAAUCAAUUGAAAGUGGAACUCGAGACAACGGUUGAUUUAGUUUCACAGAAGUCCUUGGAAGUUUCAAAUGUCCAAAAGACAUUAGCAGAAACCCAGCAGCAGCUCAGUGAAGCGAAAGUACAUUUCACUGAGGAGUUUGAACAAGCACAACUUCAUUGCAGUGAGAAACAAACACAUUUGGAUUUGUUGAAGCAAGAAAAAGAAAAUGCUUACAGAUUAAUUGAUGAGCUCCGAGAGGAGGUCACCACGCUGAAUGAGCAACUAAAGGAGAAAGUAAAUGAGCAGCUCCAUCAGAACCAGCCUGAAAUUAAUGACAAAGAAGUUGUCUGCUUGACUUGCAAAAGUGCUCUAAAGGACAGAAAUGAUGCCUUGCUUGCUUCUCAGGCUCAAGUUUCAGAAAAGGAAGAACUCAUCGCUGCACUUGAACUACAAUUACAGCAACAAGUUAAAGUAAAUGAAACUACCAUUGAAAAGAUGAGAACAGAGGCUGAUGAGUUUCAGAAAUCUCGAGACAAUGGCGCCAAAAUGAAUAAUCAAGACAACCAAAGCAAAGUUGCUCUCCUAACCAGGAAACUUCAAGCAGCUUUGCUCUCCAGGAAAGAACUUUUGAAGGAAACGGCCAAGCUAAAGGAGGAAGUAGAAAAGCUGUCGGCUAAAGAAGCCGACUACUUUACCCUGGAGGCAUCAGUACUGAAGUUAAAACAACAAAAUAGGGACCUGGAAAGCUCUGUAUCAUCCCUGAACAAGGAGAAAGACGAGCUCAGGACUGAAUCUAAUGGCAUCUUAAAUGAUAAUCGCAGUUUAUCCGCAGCCUGUGAAAGCUUGAAGCUAACCAUAGAGAACAUCACACAGCAGAAACAGGCUUUCUCCUGCCAGCUGGAAUCUCUUAAAGACUCUCAAACAGAAGAGCUUUCCAAGUGGAAGUCAAAGCACGCCGAGCUGAAACAGGAGUACGAAUCUCUCUUACAAGCUUAUGAGAAUGUGAGCAGUGAAAUGGACAAGAUGAGACAGCUUUUGGAAGGGGCUAAAAGAGACAGGCAGGAAGCCCUCAGGAAAAUCCACCAUCAUGAAGCUGAGAUGCAGAUUCUGGAAAAGCGAGCUAGAGAGAUGGAGGAAGAAAAUGGAAUAAUUAAAGAGAAGAUGCUCAUAUUUUCCAAACAGAAACGGCAGAAGAUUGAGGAGCUAGAGGAUGAGAAUCAGAACAUGAGAAAAGAGCUGACUGAGAUUGAAGAAAACCAUAAUAUUGCGACCCGCGAGAUGACUGAAAAAGAUCAACAAUUGGAAGCAGAGAUUUGCAGACUUAAAGAAAAGCUUAAUGAAUUGGAGGUUGAAAAUAACCAAUUGUCAGAAAAGCUUGAAGAAACCAGCUGUUCAUUGGAAGAGAAGAACUCACGAUCAAAUGAAUACUCAAACAACAUGCAGCUAAAACUUGAUGAAGCUCUGAGUUUGAAUAACUCACUGACAGCUCAGAUUGAGUCCCAGAAAACUGAACUCGGUGCUCAGUUGGAAAUCAACAAUCUGUUACUGAAAGAGAAGCAAAACCUUUCUGAAAGAAUUGAGACGAUACAGAAUGAUCAGGAGGCACAACUGGGGAAGAAAGAUGAUGACAUUAAAGCUCUCAAAGACAUUAUUAACAGACACAGUCGAGAAACCAUCAACCUGAAUGAGAAGGUGAGGAUCUUAGAGGAUGAUAAGUCACUUCUGCAGGAGGAGCUGGAAAAUGUUCAAGAGAUUUCAGACAAAGUGAAAAAUGAAAACGAGUAUUUGGAAACUGUUAUCCUCAAAAACACAGAGAGGAUUGACGAUCUGACCGAGUUGCUCUCUGUGUUGCAAACCCAAAACAAGCAGCUGUCCUCUCAGCUGGCAGCCAGCAAAGACAUGAGCAGUCAAGUUCGCCAAGAAAAAGAAGAGGAGCAGCUGAAGUUAGUCCGAGAGUUUGAGGAGAAGCUGAAGACUGUACAGCGAGGCAGUGAAGGCUCCAAAAAUGUGAAGAAAGAACUGCAAGAGCUUCUCAGAGAAAAGCAUCAGGAGAUCAAUCAGCUGCAGCAUAACUGCAUCAAAUACCAGGAACUGAUUUUAGAUCUAGAGAGUGCUCUGAAGACGUCUCGGUCAGCCUGUGAACAGUCUGAGAAAGAACUGAAGAAAAGCUCGGAGAAGAUGGCGGUAUUAGAGGAGAGAAGCAAGCAAGUUGAAGCUGAGCUCUUCACACACAAGAAUCUCCUCCAGGAGGCCACGGAAAAGAUAGUGAGUGUCGAGUCUGAAAGAGAUCAACUGGCUCUGGACAUGUCAAUAGAAAGUAAAAAGUACGAGGAUCAGCUCACUGAAAAAACACAACAGAAUAUAGACGAAAUGCAAUACAAUGCCUACUUGGAGAAUGAAGUUAUGUUACAGCAACAGAUUGAUGACCUUAAGGAGUUAAAGGAGAGAGAAAGCCAGAAGGUGAAUGAACUGAGGCAGCAGCUCGACUCUCAGACUCUGCAAAUAAACACAUUCAAAAGAUCAGCGGACACUAACGAGGCAAAGCUCUCGGCUCUAUCUGCCACUCCUCAGGGUGCAGAGGCGUCCAAACAAUGGAACGAUUUGUACCAAAAUACGUUACACGAGAAGGACAACCAGCUCCUGGAACAGGGUUUCGUGAUCAAAAGAUUCCUGGAUGACAUGAGAGUUAAAGAUAAAGAGGUGAACGAGGUCCGAGUGACCAAGUCCAGACUGGAGAGGACUCUCAAUGAGUACUCUAUGGCCGCCGCCGCACAGCAGAGACAGCUGUUCGUCAUGAGCGCGAGCAACGCUGAACUCACUGAGACUGCAGAGCUCAUGGCUGUGCAGGUAAAGGAACUGAGCGCACAUGCUGAUAGAUUAGAGAAAGAUAAAAACGUACUGAACCGACAACUGGCUGACAAAGAAGAUAUCCUUUCUCAAAUGCAGCUAAAUCUCCAACAAUUAGAGAAGUUGAACGCAGACUCAGAUGCUCAGCUGCUCCUUUUACAGUCUGAAAAUGACAAAAUCCAAGCUGACUUCGAGAAGCAGGAGGGAAUUUCACUGCAACUGAAAACACUCCUGCAGAGCAAAGACGCUGAGAUCUCUUCCUUACUGUCCUGCAAAGACGGGCAGAUGUCAGGAUAUCUAGAACAACUCCAGACUAAUUAUCGAACCCAGGUCGCUCUGUAUGAGGACAGGUUAACCUCUUCACGCUACCAGAGAGAAAAGGCUGACCAAGUGUUGAGAGUUCUUGAAUCAAAGGUGAAAAGUCUGCAAAUCCAAGUUACAAAGUCUAGCCAGGAGAAAGAGCAGAUGGCUGCUAAAAUAGACUCCUUUAAGAACUCCAUGGUGUCUUUACAGAGUGAACGGGAGCGACUGAUGUCAGAAUACAGAAUACUUGAAGCAAAGAGUCAGUUAGGUUUCAUGGGUAGAGAGGGCUCUGCUGACGGGGAAGGUGGCACCACCAAAGGCCUUAAACAUGAAAUAAGGAAGCUGUUGCACCAAAUGGAUGAUCUCAACUCUGAGAACGCUAUGCUUAGGGCACAACUGGUGCGCUACAGAGAGGAUUUGAACCAGGUUUUGUUCCUGAAGGACAACCAGCUGAAAGUCCUGCUGAAGAAGCAACAGGAUGUGAUCAAAGACCUCGAAAGCCAGAAGGCUGCAGCUGAAAAACAGCAAAGAGCGUCUCAGUUGGAACUUCAGAAGGAGGAAGAGGCAAGCAAUACUUUGAAAGCAGAGAUCUUGAAGUUAAGAGCUCAGGUUUCAGGUCUUGACGCUGAUGUAGUUACUCUAAAAAAGGAAAAGGUCUCGACAAAUGAAGGCAAAGUGAUUAAUGACUUGCAGGAAGCAGUGGCAGCCAAAGCAGCUGAAUGCCAUGACCUCCAGCAGAAAAUUCUCUCUCAGAAACUCCUCACUGAUGAACUCAAAGAGAAAAUGCAGCUGUUGGAAAAAGAAACAGACAAGAGCCUGGGUGAAGCUGAGGACAAAUUCAACAGUGAGCUGGACGCCUUCGAGCGCGAGGUGGAGCUGAUGAGAAACCAGCGGGAGACGGCCGAUGAACGAGUGGCAGAGCUCGCCAAAGAUCUCUUGGAAAUGGAGCAGCAGCUAUCAGAGGCUAAAACACAAAACAAAGACACCAAGGCUCAGAAUGAGUCCAUGUGCAAAGCCAUGGCUGCUCUGCAGGACGACCGAGACCAGCUCAUCGAGGACUUCAAGAUCCUGAGGAACCGAUACGAUGAAGAACUGAGAGAGACUCAGGCUGCCUUGAACAAAAUGGAGCGGAGUCUGCAGGACGCCACCUCCGACCUGGCCAUGUUCGCCAAAGAGAGGGACAUCCUAGUUCAGAAGUUAAAAGCUUUGGAGAACAAAGACGCGCACACCGAACUGAGCAAGUUGUUGGAUGAUCUGUCCAAGGAGUUGUCCGAGAAGGCGAGGGAUCUCAAGCAGGUGGUGCAGGAGAACAACACCUUCAGCAGGCAGCUGUCGGCGUUCUCCAAGUCCAUGGCCAGCCUGCAGAACGAUCGCGAGCGGCUGAUGGAUGAGUUGGCCGGCGCCAGAAGAGAGGUGGAGUCGCGGCAAGGGUCAAGCCCAGAGAGCGUCAGUGUGGAUCGAUCCAAAAGAAGUGUCCUGCAGAAUGAGAGGGGCGGGCCGCAGGCAAUGCAGAAGAUGGAGGAACUGCAGCAAACUGGAAAAAUGCAAACGUAUGGACAGUCGCCUGAAAAAGAAAUCCUCAGCUACCAGGAGGGAACAGAACAUCUGAGAUCUGAAACCGAGAGGAAGGACACUCUGCCAGUCAAGGAGACCAUGGUCCUGGCCGGUGGGAGUGGAUGGGAGGAUGUUGUGCGUCAGCUGCAGGCGGAGAGGGUCCGGCUGCACGGAGACCUGCAGCGCUGCAUGUACGAGAUCCAGCAGAGAGACGUGUACCUGCAGCAGCUCAACCUCAAGUUGCAGCAGGCGAUGGAGGAGAAAGGUGCGGUCUCGGCUCAGUUGAGAGCCGUUUCCCAAACCCUGAGGGACACCCAGACCCGCUGCCACUGGCUGGAGAACCAGGUCCAGAGCCAGACUCAGGGGGCAGCCUUUGCUGAGGAUGCACCUGGAGCCCCCCAGGAGAGGAGCAACAACUCCAUGAUGGCUGACACUGCUGAAAACUCUCAGCUCCAAGAGAGGCUGCUGGAGCUGGAGCAGAGUCUGAGGGACGAGCGAGCGAGGAGAGAGACGGCGGAGGAGGCUCUGCGAGUCGCUGAGGACACAGCCAAGGGUGUUAGCUCCAGUCUGUCCAGAGACAGUCCGAGGGAUUUCAACAUCGAGAUGGAAACUGAGGAGGAGUGGGAAGCUCUGAGUCUGAACCCAAACCAGCCUCUCAUAACAAGAAAGGUGAAAGGAGGCAUGGUGGCGUGCCGGCGCUGGAUCAGGGGGCGGAGCCUCUACUUUUCCCGCCUGCUGACGAGCCGCGCCCGCUCUCGACAUCUCUUCCUGUUUUACCUUUUCACCGUCCACCUGCUGCUCCUCCUGUGCCUCACCGGCGCCCUGUAGACCGGCAAAUAUCUCACAGAACGAUCAAAGUAAAGUCUGAUGUUAGCGCAUUCUGCAUUUUUAUAUCCUCUGUGUUAUAAAGCAUGGUGACACACUGACAGACGCGCACAUACAUGAGUGGAGAGGCUCUCUUUACGCUUGUAGAUGCCUGGAAAUCUCAUAUUACUUCACUUAGUUGAUGACAUUACACUCAAGGAUCCAGCUGCAAGGAGAGCAAAGGUUACUCUUCAUUCUUUGCUGGGUUUUAUCUGAAAUCCUCCACAAAAUGUAUUUUAUGUUUUUUUUGUCAAACUGAACAGCGAGGUUCCUUUAAAUGACCACAGAGCUUUUUCUUUACAUAUUAUAAAGUAAUUUAAGCCUUAAAAGAAUGAUAAUCUCCUCUUCUCUUGCAGUUUUUACUGAUAAUAUCUGAAGCUUUAUUAUUUAGGUGUGCUGCCUUCAGUUUGUUGUUUUAAAAUCCAAAUUAGAAAGCAGACGAGGAAGUAACCUUUAAUUUUGUAUACAAGUUAAAGAAGAAAAGACUUGAUGUCAAAGCCUAAGAAGGUGCAGAAAGCCAUAUCCUUGUUAACACUACUAUUUAAACGUUUGUUCACACACUCUGCACCAGCUGCUGCUUCCUCCACCGCCUGGGUUCAUACCUUGCACAUAAUCGUGAUGCUGAGUUUAAACUAUGCACUGACGCUCCAAAAGUGUACAUAAUAAUCCUAUUAUAUAAUAUCAGAAGCACUACACACCCUGUGUCCUCUUGAACUGCAAACCCAAAGCAGUUUGAUGUAUGCCCGUUAAGUAAAGACAGACGAUGGUUCGAUAUAUGCUAACUCUGUUGGAAUCGUACGGUGGCUGAAAGGUGCAAACGCGCUGCAACGGCCCAAAACAUUUCCAUUAGGAGAAACGCGCUGCAGUUUCAGGAAUAAGGCAAAUAUAGAAACACAAAUGUUCCAAAAUACACGAGGAAACAUCUUCACCUUCUUGAGGAAACAUGAGCAGCGUUUCCUUAAAGCGCUGCAUAAACCAGACGCUGCAAGAAGCUCAGAACACAACGGAGACCAGGGGACACUAAAAGGUGACGCACCCAGCUGGGACCGGAGCGCUUGGGUAGUUUCAGGAUCAUAAAGCUGGACAGCUGUCUGUGGGCAGAGUGAGUCUGUCUCAUAACUGGAAGUGUUUGUCACAAAGGUUAGCUACGUUAGCUAGGUAGCUCACAGCAGAUCUGCAGUGACAUCAGAAGAAGUCAUGUGAUCACAUUGUUAAAAUAAGACCCAAGUGUGUAAGUUUCCAACAACAGAGACAGUUGGAGAACUUUAAUCCUGAACUGUGUGCGUCUCUUUUUAGUGUCCCCUGGUCUCCGUUGUGUUUGAGCUUCUCACAGCGUUUUGUAUUUGCAGGUUUUAGUAAACAAACUGCACAUGUUACCACAAGUUGGUGAAGACAUUCUUUAUUGUGUUUUGGCACAUUUGUCUUUUUAUAUUUGCAUUGUUUCUGCCUUGUAGUAUUUUGUACCUUUCGGCCACCAUAGAAUGUCCUGCGAAGAGAAAGCAGGGGGUAUGAAAGGACAUUGUUCUGUGUAUUAAAGGUUUAUUGUAUUUAUGUGUAGAGUAUUCUGUACAUGGGCUGUAUUUAUGUAUAUAUGCAUUUCUAUCCUCUCUGCCUGAUGACUGUACAUUUGUUCUUGAUUGUUUAUAGUGUGUGAUUAUAAGAAAGCAGGUCAAUUAACAAGCCAGUCUUUGAAAGGAUCAAUACACCAGAUUAAGAAGCUCCUUGGCUUGUUAAUUGAUCCAGUUUUGUAAAGUAAGCGGUUGCUGGUGAGUUUGGUACGCUGUCCUCUACUGAUCUGUACAUAAAGGUGUGAUUGAUGGACGUAAAACACAAUGAGCUGAAUCUAUUUAUGGAAAACUACUGAGAAAUGUUCAGAGGGCAUAUUUUGUGUACUGCCUGUAUUUUUAAGAGCUUGUGAUGUGCUCGGCCUUUUGGUGACAUUAACUCGGUGCAAUACUGUGUCGGAUCAGCCUUUACCAUCUGGAAAAUAUUUAAUAAAGAGCGAUGAACUUUU